AUGUUCAGUGCCUCACUACCGAAACCGAAACAUACCGCAAUAGACUCCAUAAGAGUAGUUCUUCCGAAGAAACUGGAUAACCAAAGUAUUCUACCUAGAAACUUGCUAGAUUCUAAUGAUCCUCAGGCAAACCUUCCAAAAUCAGUGAAGGCAGACACACAGAACGCUGUUCUGCAACUUGUGUUCAAUCCAGAUGGUAGCAUUGACUACCCCAAAACACUCACACUUGCUUCUGGUGUUGAUACUUCGGUGCAAGCGACAUAUGAAGACACUAUUCCGUUGAAGAUUAGAUAUCCAAGGCUCAAACAUCAUUUCCCAGCCUAUACUCUCGAAACUUGUCCCGAUGACUCACUUCAAAGAUGCGUUGCAGAGACAAAAGAGGUAAUUAUGAAUCUAUUGGCCAAGGUCUCUGGAGUUGAGGAGAAGGUAGGGGAUGUGACGAUGCAACAGUACGCCUCUUCUGGCCUCAAAGCUGGAGAAACUAAACAUAUACAUAUUACGAAUUUGAAGGAGGACCCAAUGCUUCCGCCUAAGCACAAAUUGCGGAACAAUCGUGAGUCGCAGGCUGCACCUCCGCCUCCAGUGUUGAAGGCUCAAUCCGCUGAAAAGAUCACAAAGGACAUCAAAGACAAAUGGCACAUUCCAUCAUCGGUAUCCAAUUGGAAGAAUAACCAAGGAUUCACAAUUUCCUUAGACAAGCGUGUGAAUGCGGCAAGUGGAGGGGCGCAGCUGGGCAGUGUCGAUUUCAAUUUCGAGAAUUUCUCACGUCUCUCUCUGGCACUAGAAAACGCGGAUUCGAAGGCCAGAAAGGAGCUCGAGGAAAAACAUGCAAUUCGUAGGCAAAUGUUGCAGCAAGAAAAUACUGAAGGAGACAGUUCCAGAGUACGUGAGUUGCUAGAAAAGGCAAGACAAAGGAAGCGGAUUGACGAGUCAGAAGAUCAGCCAAACAAGCGUCGUCAAUACUAA